AUUGCCGGAUGUGUUACUUUACGUCAAAAAAUCGUUACUUCCGCUGGAACCUGGGCUGUCCUUUAUCGCUAGAAAUAAUUGCCAGCUUUAUUAAACGUUGUUUUCUUAUCUUCAUUUUCUGUCGUUGAGUAUUUUUCUCCAUUAGACGUUUUUAAACAGGUAAAUGAACAUGGUGAUCCCACCACCUCCACCUCCACCUCUACCUCCACUCCCAUCUUGUAAAAACAUGCCUUCCAAGCUUCCUCCACCUAUUCCUAAACAUGCUGCUGUGCCUUGGAAUCCUGUCCAAGAGACAGGUGGUCCACCGCAAGACUCCCAGGGCGCAGAGCAAGAUGGAGCUCAGGCUCCACUACAAGAAGGACCAGAGGAUGGUUUGUGGGAUGAUGAAAAGGAAAACCAUCCGGUGCAGGAAACUGAACCUGAAUCAGAGGCAUUGGGCACCUCACAGGGUGUUGGGCAAGACCCUGGGCAAGAUGAAGCAAUCCCUCAACUGAGUGGAGGUGAAGGGGACCACCUGCCAUAAAGCACAGUUACUUGAAACGUACAAAGUCAUAUUCAGAUGGGUACUAGAAUAUUUCUAAAAGACAUUAGCUGGUCAUUAUUGCUACUUUUUUUGUUUUACUUCAGUAGCUGUUUCACGUAUGAGCUAGCAUCAGAGUUGGGUAAUUCCUUUUAAAAGUGACUAAUUCAGUCACAAGUUUACUACCAGUAAAAUGUAAUAAGUUGUGGUACUGUGUUACCUGAUAAGGGAAGUAACAUGUUAGAUUACGUCUACAUUACCAAAUAUAAACAACAGCCAACAUAACCUCUACAGCUUCCCACCAGCAACAUUAAGCAUCUGUGUUUAUUCGCUUUAUCUGACUAGCUUUUCUUUUUUUGUGGCCUUUAGAAAAAUUGAUUCAGAUUUGUCACGUUUGUGAAUGGAAAUCUGGCAGCUGCUCUUACUCCAGCACCUCUUGCCACCUGAGCCAGCUGAGGUUUGAAAAAGGUAGCCGCUUCCAUUGGCAGGAGUGCAAAAAGAACAGCUAGCAUCAGAACAUGUGGGUGCUGUGUUUGCAGCUGAGACAUUUUAGAGUUGAAUAAAAUGGUUCAAGCAAGGUAACACUAAUUUUCUAACUAUCGUAAGGUCAUGCCAAACCAGCAAAGUUAAGGCAAAUACUCUCAGUUCAGGAACAGGAUUUUCUUUAGAAGGAAUUAAUACUGUUUGUUGUGGACUUGCUACCUUUAACUGACUUUUCCCAUAGACUAACAAAGCUGUUUGCACUCUGAAGUUGAAGGAAAAACUAAUUUGUUUAAAAUGUGCUUCUAUAUGUUUUUGCUAGAGCUCAGAAAGACUCCCCCGAAUUUCAGUGCAAUAUUUGCUGUGACCAACGUGGUCUUGCAUUAUGUUCAGGGAAGGACAACUGAUCUUUAAAAUGUAACGAUCUGUUUAUGUUCUUAUAUUGCUUAGUUAUUUGGGUUGUCAGUUAUAUUGCAUAGUACAGAAAGACCGUUUGUGUUUUAGUAGUACAGCUUUACCUGUAAGCGGAACUUUGUAGGAGUUGUUUAGUUGUUCCGGGGGAAAAAUGUUUUUGAUCGCUCGCUGGCCCUGGUGUGGACAUAAAAAGUUCUGCACUGGUGCUAGAGCGUUCAACAGUCUGUGAUUGUCCCGCAGAUUGUAAAGUGUUGUCAUCUCCAGUAAAAGGAAGCUAAACGUUAUAUUCCUGGUCUGGAGUGUCUUUCAUGCUGCACACAGCAUCCAAAAUAUAUCCUGUUAGCAAAGCUAACAAUAUAUAUAUUUCUUAUAGUUAUUUUUGUAAUGUAAAUCAGAUUUAUAUCCAUUACUUGACAAUUCUAAAUAUAAAAAAUAUAAUAUUUACAUGCACAUUUGGACAAUGUCCCAGUGAAUAAAACAAAAAAGUGUUUUGGUUUUACUGCUUUAUAAACUUAAUGACCCAUGGGUGUAAAUGACCUAAAACAGUGGUUCUUAAACUGUUUACAUUGUGUACCACCUCAGAAGAUAUUAGCCUCACCAAGUUGAGUGGUGGCAGCUGUCGUUGCACUGUUACAUCCAAACUUUGUCCCUCAACAAGGUUCUGGUCACCAUGAGGGGUCUGAGACUAUUCUUGUUGUUUGGACAUUUUUUGUGUUUUUAUACCAAAUACAGUGUUUAUAUUACC